CUGCCAGCGGCUUCUGCGCCCUCUGUAAGCCCCCCACUUUCUCCAAGCCACAGCUGGGGUCGGCUGGCCGAGCGCAUCCCACAAUGUGGAAACGGCCAAAACCAUAUUGACAUUCAUCUGCCCCUCCAACGAAACCCAGAUUUUUCUGCAUCGCGCUCUCGCACCCGCACCGCCAGAUCGCACCGGCGUUCACCAUCUUUAUCCUCUCCGACCGGACACCGCGAGCUAGCACCGACCCGAUUAAAAUAGUACAAUAUGGCGGACUACGAUCUUUUACCGAAACUUCUUCCCUACCUCGACCGACACCUCAUUUUCCCUCUUCUCGAGCACUCGGCCAACCGCCUUCCCGAAGAUGCUGACGAUGCUGCCCUCAGGCCUAUCACAAAGGCCAAGUAUGAGCUGCUCAAGGCCACAAACAUGACCGAUUUCGUCGGAAACCUUCAAGCCGAACUCGAGGGCCUCGAUCAAAUCCCCGCCGAGUUCGAAGAAAAGCGGCAGAAAGUCAUCCAGCGCCUGGAGUAUUUCAACGAGAGCACCAGCAAACUCAUUGACCUGCUUGGACGAGAGGACGUCGUUGGAAACCUGCGUAGUGACAAGGUUGCCAACUUGGAGUUCUUGAAGAACGAGCACGACGUGACUAUCGAGAUGGUCAACGCCCUGUACGAUUACGGUAACUAUCAAUACAGCUGUGGAAACUAUGGAGCUGCAGCCGACCUCCUCUACCAGUUUCGCGUCCUCUCGACAGAUAACGACAAGGUUGCCGCUGCUACAUGGGGAAAAUUUGCCUCGGAAAUUUUGACAACCAACUGGGAGGCCAGUGUUGAAGAACUCAACAAGGUGAAGGAGAGCAUCGAUACGAAGUUGUUCAAUAACCCACUCGCUCAGCUCCAACAGCGCACGUGGCUGAUUCACUGGGGCUUAUUCCCAUUGUUUAAUGACGACAAAGCUCGCGAUCAGCUCCUCGACCUCUUCUUUAGCCCCGCUUACAUCAACACUAUUCAGACAAGCAGCCCGUGGAUCUUGCGAUACCUGACGGCCGCUGUUAUCACUGGCCGUAACCGCACAAGAAACUCUGGCCAGCAUCAAAAACAACUCAAAGAUAUUAUCCGAAUCGUCAAGCAAGAGGCGUAUGAGUACACAGACCCGAUUACCGACUUCAUCCGAGCUCUCUACGUUGACUUCGAUUUUGAGGAAGCCCAACGACAGCUCUCACUUGCUGAAGAAGUCUGCCGAUCAGACUUCUUCCUUGUCGCUGCCGCUGACACGUUCGUCGACUGUGCGCGCCACUUGAUCUCAGAAAGUUAUUGCAAAAUCCACGCGCGUAUCGACAUCAAGGACCUCAGCACGCGCUUAGGUCUUGGUCAAGAUGAAGGAGAGAAAUGGAUCGUCAAUCUUAUCCGCGAUACGCGAGUUGAUGCCAAGAUCGACUACAAGGAGGGUACGGUAGUGAUGAACCAUCCUCCAAGCUCCGUAUACCAGCAGGUUAUCGAACGAACAAAGGGUGGAUUCUUUAGAACCCAAGUUCUCAGCGCUGCUGUGGCACGAUAGAGCCAUGCCCAGUUGUGAUUUGAGGAGUUUUCGAUACCCCUUAAGUAAAGGAGAGUUGGCUGCGUGCAUUAGGAGCAUGUAGCGACAACGCGGGAAAAAUUUGGGUUCUCGGUGACAUGCAUGAGCGGCGUCUGGGGUUAUGGUACAAUUCAAUGCGGUAGAUAUGUAUGGUAUUCUUGGUUUCCAAAAAUCGUUAUUAAUACCAGCUGGAGCGGCAAGCUCCCAGGUUUGCACAAAAGGUCUAUGGUUUUGGUGUGACU